GUGAGUCGUCUACUGAUGCUAGGCGGGGCCAAUGUGAACUACAGGACAGAGGUGCUGAACAACGGCCCAGUGCUGUGUGUCCAGUCCCACCUGGGCCACCAGGAGAUGGCCGGCCUGUUGCUGGAGUUCGGGGCUACCGUGGACGUGGUGUCCGAGAACGGCAUGAGCCCUCUCUGCUUCGCCUCGGCUGCCGGACACCUGGGUUUAGUCAGCCUGCUCAGCAAGAGAGGAGCCAAGGUUGGUGGCACUGCCCCUAGACUCACCCUCAGACAACUACAGGAUCAGGGCUAACCUCUAUCCCAGCUUUUCCCUUAACACUAGAACCGCUGGUCCUCGAUGGACCCCCCUUCAAGCUAAUGAGCAGUGUAUCUAACAGUGUAUUUCAUAUAUUUCAUAUAUGCUAUCGCAAAAAUAAUCAUUUGGUUGUGUUUAGAAGGCCUUGGGUAACAUUAGAAUAUGAUUUUUAUUUUAUUUCAAAUAACACAAUAGCAUUUUCAUUAGUUUACUGUAGUUUACUGUAGGCUAUAUGUAAAAACAAAAAUCCCCCAAAAACGCCAGAAUUCAAGUGUUCAAUCAAUUUUAUUUGUGGAAUACCUUUGUUACAAUUAUGAAACAGAAAGCAUAUGUUCUGGAACACAGUAACAGCUUAUUUUUAUAACUACAAAAUAAAUAUACCCCAACCACAAGAAGCACAGUCAAAUUAUGAAAACAUCAGUAGCCUAAACAUCAUUAUAAGCGCCAAGUGGCCUUUAUAAAUAGUGAAACUCGACACAAAAGCAAUAAUGCCAUGAUAAUGAUAUGACAGCAGUAAGAAAUUGUCAAUUAUUGUCAGCUCGUGCUUAUAUUAUGUGCAUCUUGACGCAAUGGCAUCAGUUGGAUUUCAUUUAUCUGUUAUCCCUUGUCCUAACAGUUGGCACAAUUUUCGUAACUUUCACUUCCUUGACACACUUUGACAUACCUUUGUUUGGUUGUAGUGCUAAAUAGUCUCAGAUUUUCUCUUUAUUGUGUCCCGUUGUCUUGUCAUUCUUCAGCACCGUUUUGGAGUACAACGGCUGUGCAGGUGCCUUAUUUUGCGCAGCGGGAGGGAGCUCCCAUCUCACUUUGUUCAUGGUGCCGGCCAGACUUGUUUUCUUUGCAAGAAAAUUGUUAGCCAAUGACAGUGAAGUUAAGAAAUUGUCCAUGGUGACAUUUCUCCCCUUGCCAACGUAAGGUUCCACAAGCCCCAUCACCGCAUUAUCCAACACUUGCUAGAUAUUGAAAGCCGUUCAGUGUGUACAAAUAUGCACGCUCUCACUGUGUAGCAUACUCGGAGUAGGCCAGAGUAGACUGAUAAGACUGUUUUGAUUCGGUGGACUGAUAUAGGGUACAUACCAUUUUAAGGUUAUGAUUAGAAUGGAUUAAUGCAAUUGAAUGGCCCGCCCUGUUCUUCAUUCUCAAUUGGUAAUUCGAUAAUUAUGCAUAAUUUGCUUCCUCUCGCUCAUCAACUCACCCAUUCUCCCCAUCAUACUUUGCUUAAUUUAUUUCAUCUGUUGUUAUAUGUGUAAAAUUAGUUUCGGUAUAGUUUAGGUUCAGUUUCGAGGCAAUUAUUGGGGUGAUUAUCAGCUGGGCACUGCACUUUCAACUGUCGAAAGAAGGAGCUGAGCUGGCCCUACUGUUGGGAGAAGGAGGGGCAAAGGAGGAAAACCGUUCAAAGAAAUGAGAUUAAGAUUCUAACACCAACAGUGUGUUAUAUAGACUUAUUUAGGAAACGUCAAGGACGGAGGGGGGCAUGACUUAAAAAAUGGCAUAGUAAUAAACAAUUAAAAUCAUGAGCAGUCAAAAUGACUGCUUUAGUGGUUCUAGAGUUAAAAGUGAAUGCUAGAUGACAGAGACUGGCAACACAAUAUUAGAUCAGGGCAAAUACAGCUAUUAGUACCAGGGGAGACAUUAGAACUAAGAUCAUAUUUUGGAACCCUAGCUUAAAGGUUUUGAUAAGACCUCACAUAGAUUGUAAAGCUACUCUGGGAGAGUGUAGGAGGAGCUAUGUCACUGUAUUACAGCAGAUAAAACAUGGUCAGAUGAGCCCUGUUAUUGUUUUGUUGCAGGUUGACCAUGUGGAUAAGAGCGGUCAGUGUGCUCUGGUCCAUGCUGCUCUGAGGUGCCACCCUGACAUCAUCCAGUACCUCCUGGAGCUGGAGUGGACCGCCGAGGGCCAGCAGCAGAACUGCAGUCUGAAGAACAAGGCCCUCCAGCAGGCUCUGAUCGCUGCCUCCAGCAUGGGACACACACAG